UUAAAUAAAUCCAAAACAGUUUUAAAUCGAACUAGUAACCGAUCCAGCUUGAAUAAAUCGUGUAAUGAAGAUGCAGAUAAUAAGACAGAAGACGAAGAUAAAUUCGGUGAUAAAUCUUUAAAUAAAUCCAAAACAGUUUUAACAUCAAGUAGCUCUUCGGAAGAUAUGUCUAUAUAUAACCAAACUUCUGCAAAUAAAUCUCGAAUAGAUAGGUCAGAGGAAGAAUAUUGGGCUGAUGAAAAUGUCGACAAAACAGCUAUAAAAGCGAUAAGUGACAUAGCAGCUAUGAAUCUUGGACAGUUUAGAUCUAAAACUCAUUCUUUGAUAGCAAAUAAAGGAUCGCUAAGUAGUGAUCAGGACAGUCAAUAUGGACGUAAUCUUCCAAGCCAUUCCUACCUAAGUGCAAAAGUAAACAGCGAUAUCGACAGUAGCAGCGACUCUAUUGAAUCUGUUGAUUCUAUUGAGUCUGUCAACAAGGAAUACAAUUUGAAUGGAGUGCAACUAAUGUUUUCUGAUAAUGAUGUAGCUGCUGAUGAAUGCAGAGCUUCAGAAGUAGAAGAUUCAGAUCCUGAUGACAACGGUUCAGAUCUUGCAGAUUUUAUAGUUGAUGACGAUAAAGUAGAAGAUGAAGAAGAUAAUGAAGAUGAUUAUGAAGAAGAGGAUAAUGAAGAAGAGAAUGAUGAAGAUAUACAAAAUAUAAAAGAUGAUGAAGCUAUACAAAAAGAAGAAAUGGAAGAUGAAGAAAAGAAACAGUUAAAGACAGAAACAGACACUUCUAAUUUAAUCUCUUCAUCGCUUAAGAAGAAAAAAUUAUCGGAUUUGCAAUAUUCCUCGAGAAAUGAAGCUGAACAAUUAAAUAAAUUAAAAUCAACCUCGGCAAAAAAAUCGUUCAAAUACGUGACAAUGGAAUCUAGUACUCCAAAUUUUAAAAUUCGCUGUAAGAAAUUAGAACCUGCAACAUCCGAAAGAACUCCAAAAAAUAAAGAUUUUAAGUCAAAUAUGAUUAAAGCAACGCAGAAUACUUCGGUUAAAAAAGAUAAAUUGAAAAAGAACUCUACACCAAAUAAAGAUAUUAAUUUGAAGAAGUCCAGCGGUGCAAGUAAAGAAAAUGUGUCAAAUAGCGAAUUUUCACCUGAUUUAUUAAAAUUGUUAGAAAAGACGAGUCUUUCGAAAUCGACAUCUUCUCAGACAGAAUUACGUAGAACAAUGAAUAUUAAUAUUGAAACACCAACGUUAAAGUACCUUAGAAAAGAGAAAUUAAACGAAAGUGCGCCAACAUUAAAAUCGAAUACGGAAAUCUGCCCAUUACAAAGAAAAUCGCCUAUGGAAAAGGAUACUACACAAAUAAAAGUAAAAGAGAAAAAUAAUACGGACGAAAUACCUGAAAUAAUACUGUCUAGUAACGAUGCCAUACAAAAACGUAAUCCAAAGAAACAGAAAAAACGUAAGAGACAAAAAUCAUCAAAUGAAAGUAUGACCGAUAAAGUCUUGUCUGAAGAUGCAAUCGAAUCAUAUAUUCCUAAAAAGAAAAAAAUCAAGAUUACUCAUGUAACUAAUGUAGAAGAUAAUAUCCGCGAAGAUGCACAUCAAAUUAGUAAGAAAAAGAAGAAAAAAGAUACAAAUGUAAAUAUCACUGAUGAAGCAUUUAAUUUUAUUGCGUCUGAAGAUAUAAUGAAAUUAAAUGUUCUUAAGAAAAAAAAGAAGAAAGCUAAACUUAUUAAAUCAACUAUUAUAGAGGAUAAUAUCCACAAAGAUGCAUAUGAGAUUAGCGAGAAAAAGAAGAAAAAGAAGAAACAAGACACAUCAAAGGAAAAUAUUACUGAUAAAGUUUUGCCUGAAGAUGUAAAAUUAAAGAUUCCUAAAAAGAAGAAACAUGCUAAGCUUAUUCAAUUACCCUUAGCAGAAGAUUAUGCUUGCGAAUAUGUGAGUCAGAUUAGUGAGAAAAAGAAGAAACGAGACACAAAGGAAAAUAUCACCGAUGAAGUUUUAUCUGAAGACGUAAUAGAAUUAAAGAUUCCUAAAAAGAAAAAACGUGCUAAGCUUGCCCAAUUAUCUAUCAUGGACGAUAAUGCUCACAAAAAUGCGAGUCAAAUUAGUGAGAAAAGAAAAAAACAAAUUACAUUAAAGGAAGACGUCAAUAAUGAAGUUUUGCCCGAAAAUCUGAUAGAAUUGAAUGUUCCUAAAAAGAAGAAACGUGUUAAGAUUACUGAAUUACCUAUCGGAGACGAUAAUACUCGCAAGGAUGUGGAUCAGAUUAAUGCAAACAAGAAGAAAAAGAAAAAACAUGACACACCAAAAGAAAAUAUCACCAAUGAAAUUUUGCUUGAAGAUGUGAUAGAAUUAAAGAUUCCUAAAAAGAAGAAACGUAAACUUACUCAAUUACCCAUCGUAGAGGAUAAUAUUGAAGAUGUGUGCCAGGUUACUAAAAAACAGAAGAAAAGGAAACAAGAAACGAAGGAAAAUAUCAUGAAUGAAGCCUUAUCUGAAGACGCAGUAAAAUUAAAGAUUCUUAAAAAGAACAAACGUACCAAUCUUAAUCAAUUAGCUAUUGUACAGGAUAAUAUCCGCAAAGAUGCGUAUCAAAUCAGUGAGAAAAAGAAAAAGAAGAAGCAAAUUAAUGUAACUGAAGAGGAUAUUGUAAACGAAGAUGAUAUACUUCGAAAAAAUAUUCACGACAACAAAAUGGAGUUAGUACAGUAUAAGAAAAAUAUAAUUGCAAAUAGCAACUUGGAGUUGGAUUCACCUGUCGAUAAACGAGAAAAACAAAUAAAAAAGAAAAUUAAACAACAAAAAAUAGUGGACUAUAUUGAAACUUUGCAGACAGAAAAGAAAAAAAAGAAAAGUACUUUACCAGUACAAAUCCCAGUUUCAAAAUUAAAAUCUAAGAAAAUUUUAUUACCUAAUAAAUUACGAAAAACUGUUUUGGAUAUGAAUAAAUCGAAAAAUAAAGCUUGUAGCAGUGAGGAACUAGCUGAAGAUGUCCGUGCUGCAAAGAUGUGCAUUCCUAAAAAAUCAAAACCGAAGAAGAAACACGAUCGAACCGAAGAUACUGCGAUCCAUGCAAAUAUCUCGACGAAAAAACCAAAAAAAGGAGUCAAAGAAGUGAAUAAGUUUUUACCAUCAUCGAGUGGCCUGAAGCGACUUCCGAACGAAGUGAUCGAAAAUCUUGCGGACGUGCCAGCGAAGAAAAGACAGAAAAUUUUGCGAAACAAGGAAAAAGUCGUAUUGUCAGUGACAACCGGUAAAUCGAAGGCAGCGACCGCUAAUCGUGAUGACUUCACAUUGAGUACCUCUGAUUGCACCACUCAUUUCAAUGUAGUAAACUUGCGGGAUACUAAAAAACAACUAUCAAAGGGAGCUGCCGUGGCAGCUUCGUUCAGGCAACGUAUGCUUGCUAGAAAUAACCGUGAAUCAAUUUCGGCUUACUUGAUUUAUCAGGAAAAACUGAGACAUACCAAAUAAGGAAAUUUUUUUUAUAAAAUAUGUUAUUUUUAAUAAAUUACUCUCUUAUAUGUAUGACUUCAAUAUUUUCUGAAUUUAGAUGAUGAAACUCGUAUAGGUAUUACUACUCGUUGUGUUUAUAUUUAUGAAUUUUAUAUCGCUGUUUUACACAUUUCUCGAAAACAAUUCAAAGUUACCAGGAGAGUAAUUGUGUCUCUUAAUUGUAUCUACAGCACAUUUAGUGUAUUUAUAUAUGUGACAAGCUAUUCCAUUUAUUGAAAUUUAUAAAGUAAAAAAUCUGCUCCCUGCGCCUUAGAGAAAUAAGUAUGUAUAAUUUCCGCAAGUAUAAUGCGUGCAGUAUAAGUGAAAAAUACAAAAAUAUAUUUCUAUUAAAA